AAAGAUGGCGGUUUAGGCGGGAAGACACGUGGCUGACUUAAAAGUGAAAGAAAGUAACCAAUUGGUUGGCAGACAACGGUUCCCAAAAGGCGGGCGAUUCAAACUCCUAGCCCCACCUGCUCUGUUUCCCGCCCAGCUGGAGCUCUGGAGUCUUUGCUUCCUCAAAGAGCGGAACGUGCUUUGAGCGCUGGAUUCCAGGCCGAGUGCUGCCAAGGCGCGCAGUGAGCCAGCAUACAGGGCGCUGGGGGUGCUGCUUUGCAGGGUGUGGGCGCUGCCGCGGAGGGCUCAAAUCCAGGCUGGGAGGGGGAGGAGCUGGAUGCCGGGAAGCCAGGGACUGACUGCGCCACCCAUCUGAGGAGCCCGGAGGACACAUGUUUUAUUUCGGUGGUGCUGCAAGUCCCCUUGUGUGCUGUGGGGAGUGGGGAGGUGUGGUGGGAUUGGAAGAGGCUUAGAGUUACCCUCAACCCCUGCCCCUGCCCCUGCCCCUGCCCCUGCCCCUGCCCCUGCCCCUGGAAAGGCAGAAAAGGUGGCGGGGUUGGGGUGGGGAGAAGCAGGAAGAGGAGGGUGAAGGAGGGGAGGACAGGGAGAGAAGCAGAGAGUGGGGAGGAGAGAGAGAAGGUACGAGAGAUGAGAGACAGACAGAUUCCUAAAGGGAGCUGGACAUGGACCCUAUGGGACAGGCUGCUCUGCUUUAUCCCUUUACUGUAGGAAGUCAAGCAAGUCCUUUAGGUUCUCUGCUGUUUAAAGAGUACCCCUGUGUGUUUCAGCUGAACCACUCAUUCAUCUUCAAGCCAUCAUGAGCUGUAAGAAGCGGAGGUCACAGAAGCACUCAGUUAAAGAAAACUGUAAUAUGAAAAUCGAGGACUAUUUUUCUCCGGUGUCUAAGGAGCAAAAGAAUAAUCCAAGUACUUCUCAAAUGAAGAUGGUGUCUAGACGCAACCCAAGAGACAUAACUAAUACCCAGGCUCAACAAUUCCAUUCACCUAAGAAAAAUCAAGAAAACCAGACCAUGCCCCAAAAUAAGAUAAUACAUGUUACCCUGCAUGUAAAUCACAAGAAAAACCAAGAAAUGAAACAUGUGCUCACACAUAGUGAGAAUGGUAGUUUAUAUACGGCUCUCAACACUCUCCAGGCUGUCAGUCAAGAGAUAGAAACUCACCAAGGCCAAGAAAUGCUUGUGCGUGGUGCAGAAGGAAUUGAAGGGUACAUAAACCUUGGAAUGCCCCUCACUUGUUUUCCUGAAAGAAGCCGUGUGGUCAUUACAUUUUCCCAAAGUAAAACUAAGCAGAAAAAAGAUAACCAAGUAUUUGGCCGGCAUGACAAGGCAUCAACUGAUUGUGUCAAAUUCUACAUUCAUGCAAUUGGAACUGGGAAGUAUAAAAGAAAAAUUGUUAAAUGUGGGAAGCUUCACAAAAAGGGGUACAAACUCUGUGUCUAUGCUUUCAAAGGAGAAACCAUCAAGGAUGCUCUGUGCAAAGAUGGCAGAUUUUGUUCCUUUCUAGAGAAUGAUGAUUGGAAACUCAUUGAAAACCAUGACUCCAUUUUAGAAAACACCCAGCCAGUUGAUGAAUUAGAAGGCAAACUCUUCCAGGUUGAGGUUGACAACAGAAUGGGCCCCAGUGAAGCAGGUCCUCAGAAUCCUGAGUCAGAGAAAAGAAACACCUGUGUGUUGAGAGAAGAAAUCGUGUCUCAGUACCCCAGAUUAAAAAGAGAAAUUGAAAAAAUCAGGGAAAACUUCAAGCAAAAAAUGAAAGGAAAAAAUGGGAAAACAUUAUUUAAAUUGCAUAAAACAAACUUUGGGAAAGUAACAAAAAACUCUUACUCUGUGAAAGUACUGAAACUUCUUGCACAUCUCAGUGACUCGGUUGGGUACUUAUUCUGGGACGGUGCAACUGCAGGUUGUGCCACCUGCUUUGUUUUUAAAGGAUUGUUCAUUUUAACUUGUCAGCAUGUAAUAAAUGACAUUGUGGGAAAAGGAAUAGAGCCAAGUAAGGGGGCAGACAUAAUUGGUCAAUGUGUAAGGGUGACAUUUCGUUAUGAAGAGCCACAAGAAAAGGAAAUGAACUGCUUUUCCGUUGAACCUUGGUAUAAGAUAUAUAGUGAAGAGCUUGACUAUGUUGUCCUGAAACUGAAGGAAAAUGGAAAACAGGUACCUAUAGAACUAUAUAAUGGAAUUGCUCCUGCGCCACAUAGUGGGUUGAUACAUAUUAUUGGCCAUCCAGAUGGAGGAAAAAAGCAAACCGAUGCUUGUGUUGUGAUUCCUCAGGAUCAGCGAGCAAAGAAAUGUCAGGAACGUGUUAAGGCUAAAGCAGCAGCAAGUCCAGAGUUUGUUCAUAUGCACACUCCAAGAAGUUUCCAGAAAAUAGUUUCCAACCGUAAUGUGAUUACCUAUGACACUGAGUUUUUCUUUGGGGCUUCUGGCUCCCCAGUGUUUGAUUCAAAAGGUUCAUUGGUGGCCAUGCAUGCUGCUGGCUUUCCUUAUGAGUACCAAAAUGAGUUUGAUAGUAUCAUUGAGUUAGGCUGUACUAUGGAAUCCAUUCUCCUUGAUAUUAAGCUAAGAUAUAAACCAUGGUAUGAAGAAGUAUUUGUAAGUCAUCAGGAUAUAGAAAUGAUGAGUGAUGAGGACUUAUGAGAAUUCAGUCUAUUAGAUUUAGAGGAAUGGCUUAUGGAGUUAUUUCAUAGGCAUUGAUGAUAGUUUUCUAAAUUCCAAAAUGGUCAAUUUUAUCAAUAAUAACACUUGACCAUUUCCUAUCUGUCAGCCACUUUUCUAAGUACAUGAAGAAAUUAGUCCUAACAACACUAUGAGAUGGACUAUAACCUGCAAUAUUUUAAAGUCAAGCAAUGUGAAGAAUAAGAAGAUUAAAUAAUAAUCAGUUUCAUGACCCUGAAAGUCAUGUAAUCACUAUUUUUUUAUCUUUCAUAUUUUUGUGUAAAUUCAUUUGCUACAGGGCAGGAAUCAAAAUUUGUUCAUCUCAUUAUUCCCUACAUCUGACAUAAGGCAAGUAAGUGCUCAGAAAAAUGUGCAGGUCACUCAGUAGCAAAAGUUGAGGCUGAGGUUAAUGCUAACUUAGGAGCUAAAUGCUUGAUUAGGAAUGAUCUCAGAAUCUUUUAGAAUUUCCAGAAUCCUCAUAUUACUGAAACUGUCAGAAUACGUGGGUCCUGAAGUUCAGAAGAUGAUAGUCAUUCUUCCCAUUAUAGGCUAUUAAGGCAAGGGAUAUCCUAGACAUCAUAUUACUUUAUUUAGAUUUCUUCUAUUCCAGUUAGUAAUGUUAUGUAUGACUCAUUGUUUUACUUCUUCACGGUAUUGUGAAGACUGUAUAGAUGAUUCAGCCAAGCCUGCAAAUCUCCCUCAUCUGGAAUUCCCCUGGACUCAAUCUGUUUUCCAUUGCCAGUGCAAUGCUACUAAAGCCAUACAAUAUCAAGCACCCUCCGUCUAGGUCCAGGGACUAUCACAGGAGAGGUGGGCAUUUUAGAUUGUAAGGGUUGGUUUCAAGGGUGCAGUAUAGGAAAACAGGCUGUUGCAUUGCAAGGGUGAUGUCAUCUUGAAGUGCAGCUGCCGUGGUGACUGCUGUUUGACUCAUGCAUACCAAGAUAUUCUGCAGCAAUGUCUUUUUUUUUGGGGGGGGGGUGGCGGAGGAAGGAAGGGAGGAAGGCGGGAGGGAGGGAAGGGAAGGAAGGAAAUCAAGCAAUGAGAGAAACAAGCAGUGUCUUUAAACAAUGCCGGGAGUAUAGAUAAUCCCUCAUAAAGAUGCUUAGCUAACCUCCCCAGUGGUCAAGUGUUUCACAAGAAAGUCUGAGAUGUGACCAGCUACACGUUUUGCCAAAAAGGCUUCCUAUGUGAAAGGUAUUUUGGGGAGGGUGAGUGCUGCCAUUUGGUGGUUGCUGGAAACAUUGCUUCUGUAAGGUCCUAUUAAAUGUUUCUUUCUGAAAAA